UCUUAUCUGUUUGAUUGCAGAUAAUUUGGAAUUGGAAAUGCUUGUUUAUGCUCUCCUAACAUCUGUUGGGAUCAAUUUUGCUCUGUGUGUCAUAUUCUUUACAUUAUACUCUAUCUUGAGGAAGCAGCCUGGUAAUAAUGAUGUUUAUGCUCCACGCAUGGUUAAUGAUCAAGAAUAUCGAGAAAGGAGUCACUUCAAAUUAGAGCGUUUAUUGCCUAAUCCUGGAUGGGUGGGAAAGGUAUGGCAGGAUUCCGAGGAUGAUCUUCUACAAUCCUCUGGAUUGGACGCUGUCGUGUUUAUGCGCAUCAUUGUCUUCAGUUUGAGAGUAUUUUGUGUUGCUGGGAUCAUUGGGCUCUUUGUUCUUCUUCCAGUGAACUGCUCGGGAAAUCAGUUGGAGAUUAUUGACUUUGCCAAUUUCACCAAUGACUCCCUCGAUGUAUUUAGUAUCUCGAAUGUGAACAAUGGUUCAAAUAGUUUAUGGAUUCACUUUGCUGCUGUAUAUGUUGUUACAAUCUUCAUCUGUUGCCUUCUUUAUCAUGAGUACGGAUAUAUAUCUGCAAAGAGAGUUGCUUAUUUCCACAUGUCCAAACCUCAGCCACAACAGUUCACCAUUUUAGUUCGCGGUAUCCCUGUUUCUAAAAGAAGCAGUGUAGGUUCCAGUGUGGAGAGCUUCUUUGGAGAAUAUCACCCAUCUACUUAUUUGUCCUAUGUGGUGGUUUGCCGAACAAACAGAAUACGAAAUCUCAUGGAUGAAAUGCAAAAUCUAUACAAAAGGAUUAUCGACAUAAGAACAGAAAGAACACGACCCAAGGCUCGUAAUGGAUGCUUUUGUGGAUUGUUGGGGCUCUUGGGACAUAAAAAUGACCAUUUAGACCAUUAUGAAAAGAAGUUGGAAAACUUGGAGGACCAUCUGAGAUUGGAACAAUCGCAGAAUUCACAGAAAACUGAAGUGAGGGCUGCCUUUGUCUCAUUUAAGUCUCGGUAUGGUGCUGCAACUGCUCUCUACUUGCAACAAUCAACAAACCCGACAGAAUGGAUAACAGAACAGGCACCGGAGCCUGAUGAUGUUAAUUGGCCUUUCUUUUCGUCUACAUUCAUGGGAAGAUGGAUUUCUAAGCUGGUUGUCAUAUUUGCUUGCAUCAUUUUCACCAUAUUAUUUCUUCUUCCUGUGGUACUCGUGCAAGGUCUUAGUAACCUGUCCCAGUUAGAAGCUUGGUUUCCUUUCCUGGAAGGAAUUCUAUCAUCGAGAACUGUUGCUGAAGUGGUGACAGGGUACCUUCCGAGUCUUAUUCUUCUGCUAUUCCUAAAAAUAGUCCCCCCUAUAAUGUGGCUAUUCUCGUCUGUACAAGGUUACAUAUCUAACAGCCAGAUUUUGAGAAGCGCUUGUGAAAAGGUUGUCUGGUUUACCAUAUGGAACGUCUUUUUUGCAAAUGUUCUGUCUGGAAGUGCCUUUAGCAAUCUUUACAUCUUCUUGGACCCCAAAACCAUCCCUCUGAAGCUGGGUGUCCUUGUUCCUCAACAGGCUUCUUUCUUUGUCGCUUAUGUUGUUACAUCGGGAUGGACAAGUGCUUCACUAGAACUAUUCCGUAUGUUCCCUUUCAUUUGGAGUCUAGUAACAAAACCGUGCAAUAGAAGGAGUUUGGACGAAAAUUUUCAAGUCCCGGAUUUUCCAUAUCAUAAGGACAUCCCAAGGCUUCUACUGUUUGGAUUGCUGGGCAUUACCUAUUUCUUCCUGGCUCCUCUUAUUCUUCCCUUCCUCUUGAUCUACUUCUGCAUGGCUUACAUUGUUUAUCGUAACCAGUUCAUAAAUGUGUAUGCUCCAAAGUUUGAGACAGGAGGGAGAUUUUGGCCAAUAGUUCAUAAUGCGAUGAUAUUCUCACUAGUGCUUAUGCAUGCCAUUGCUGUGGGGAUAUUUACAGUUAAGAAACUUCCAAUGGCAGCAAGUUUGGUUUUCCCUCUUCCCAUCUUAACCCUGAUCUUCAAUGCAUAUUGCCGUAAACGUUUUCUACCCAAUUUCAAUGGCUACUCAGCUGAGAGUUUGAUAAAGAAGGAUAGAGAAGACUUGAAGCAGGAGACUGGUAAUGAAAUGGAGGAGUUUUAUGAGAAGCUGAGGACUGCUUAUGAAGACCCGGCUUUCAUGCCAAUUCAAUACUCAACAGUAGGCCCCCACGAAAGCAGUUCUAGUUAUGAUCCUCUCCUUACUCAUGAAAUCCAAGGUUGAUGAUGAUGAUGCAGCAGCAAAAAAUAGGAAAAGAGAAAUAUACAACAUAUGAUUAUGUGUUUACAAAAUUUUAUCAUCUUCGAUCUUAGCCCUCAAUUACCAUAUCUCCUUUGUAAACUGUAAUCUUAAUCCCACAUCUCUACUUUUUUCAUUUUUUUUGUAAAAGGUUUUUUUUUAACUGUAUAAAUAAAUAUAAUCAAAUACAAUGUUUCAAAGUUCUAUUUUCA